AAGAGUGGAUUCAUUUAAAGGAUGACAAAGGAAGGAUUCCUAUUCACUAUGCCGCAUCCAUAGGUUAUGUUCAUGGUGUUGAGGUGUUGCUUCAAGAAUGUAUUUCCUGUAUCAUGGAAAAGGACAAGGAUGGUCUUUCUCCUCUUCAUUUGGCUUGUGCGGGUGGGCAUACUAAAGUGGUGGAGAAAUUGCUAGAACAUGACCACUGUCCAGAUCCAAGAGAAAUAAUUGAUAACUAUGGUCGAAAUAUGGUUCACAUUGCAGCUCUAAUGGGAAAGUUUGAUGUGAUAAAAUAUAUCUUGCAAGAUGAUGGACUAGUAGACAUGAUAAAUGACCAGGAUAACGAGGGAAACACUCCAUUGCAUUUGGCUACCAAGAAGUGUCAUCCAAAAGUUGUGCAUGCCUUAACAUGGAAUGAAAGAGUAGAUCUCACUUCGGUUAACAAAAAGAAUGAAACAGCUCUUGAUAUUUCUCUGAAAUAUAAACCAAACAAUCCGUCCCUUCGCCAGCGGCUAGUGUGGACUGCACUUAAAUCUGCUUGCGUAGUGCAACAUGCUGAAAAAGGGUCACAUUCUAUCAAGGUCCCUCUCCCUCAAAGUGGAAUUUAUUAUCAGAGAUGGCAAAACGAAAACAUGGACCUGUACAAGGACAGAAUCAACACCCUUAUUCUGGUUUCAACCAUUAUAACUACAGUAGCAUUUUCCACAGGAAUUACUUUGCCAGGAGGAACUAAUAGCUCUGAUCCAGGACAUGGAAUGGCCCUCAUGCUAAAGCAUGCAUGGUUUAAGCUAUUUAUUUUCUGCAUCACAGUAUCCAUGUACGGUUCCAUUAGUGCUAUUAUUAUUCUCAUUUGGGCUCAAUUGGGAGAUAUAACUUUGGCCAUUUAUUCCCUUAAAGUGGCAAUGCCCGUUUUAGGAGUCACUCUUACAUCUCUAUCAGUGGCAUUCAUGGCUGCUGUCCACCUUGUCAUAAGUGAUCUCAGUUGGCUGGCCACCACUAUUAUGGUUUUAUGUGUGAUCUUCAUUCUCAUGCUUUUGUUUCUGUAUGUUCUUCUCUGCUGGUUCCCUUCAGAAUCAAGAAACCCAUUUAUCCGACGCAUUUCUUACUAUCCUUUUCUGUUUGAGACAUGGUUGGAUAAACAAGAUGACUGAAGGUAUGUAACCUGACAUACACUCAAAACCUGAAGUUUGUGAACCUUUGUGUUAUUUUCAUUUUUAUUCUUAUGGAGAUGGACAAUUGGAUCAUUGCUACUCAUCAAUAAUGAUACAGGGAUUAUCACGUGUUUGUAUCGAAACCAUGAA